ACCUAUCCACAAGUGCUCUGCAGCAGUCAGUUAUGGCUGCUCGGGCGUCACUUGAAGGCUCUUGGACGUACAGGGGACCCUCAUGGAGGCGCUCUGGGCUAACGGGAGGAGGUGGGGCUGGUGUGAGAGGCUUUGGCAGGGAGCUAAGCUCUCUUCCUCACGAUUCACUGACAAACAAUGGGCUAGUAACUUCUGGUGCAGCAAAUAUCAGCUCCAAAGGUGGAAAGCAAACAGAAAAAGUGAAGAAUUUAGAAAGAACUGUAGACUUCUUAAAGGUACAGCAUAAAGACACUUUGCAACAACUACACACUGAAUUGGAAAGAUUAAAAGUUGAGAAUAAAGAACUAAACUUCCGGCUUGUCAUGUGUCGAUGUGGCCUAUCAUCCCACUCUAAGAGAAGCUUAUUGACAAGAGAAAAAGAACGAUCAAGGCCACAAUCCCAGCGAAAAGAAUUUGAGAUGAUGAAAGAGCUACAGAGAAGCCUUAAGAAUGAGAGGAUGAGAAAUGACAGGUUAAUGAAGAUGAUUGAACAAAAAGUGCAACACAGUUUUGAACCCUCUGACAUUGACUGUCCAAUGAGUGUCGAUUAUAAAGAGCAGGAAGACUUUCCCUUAUCAAUGAGUGAGUGCAAAAGACUUAUAAAAGAUCUAAGAGCUAUCAAUCAGCAACAGAGUCAUGAACUCUUCCAGCUAAAGGCUGAUCUUGAAGACCUUUUGUACUCAGAGAAGUGGACACCAGAUGCCUAUCUCAUUGCCAGAGCUUAUAUUCCUCCGACCGGAGCAGAAGACAAAGAAGAUGCCGACGACACAAUCAAUACGAAAUUGCCCCAAAUAGUGAGAAGAAAUGAUACAGUGAAGGAAAAGGCUUAUCGCAGAUUGCAUGAAAGUGUACAUCUACCAGCUUUGAAACCACGUCUCUCAACCUUAUUCUCUGAAAGACAUAAACGCUCAGUGUCAUUGCAAAGGAACAAAGUGACUGGAUGCUUAUGAUUUUAAUAAUAUUAAUAAUGUGUAUAAUUAAAAUUAUUUCAUUAAACUUUAAUAAAAUUAGUUAUUAUUUUUGAAACUAAUACUAGACAAAAUUGCAAUGUUUCUCUCUGCUCAAUUCCACACAAAAA